GCGGACGACAAGUUGACAAAAAUUGUACAAAGUAUAACCACUUUUAUUUCUUAAUUCGGUACAUCCUAUGUCGUAAAUAUGUCUAAAUCCAAAAGAGGAAAGAGUGCUUCGACUAAUGAAAUAAGUAAAUGGGAAGCUGAGUUCAGCCAAGCACCUUUUAACGAGGAGUCCUGGAGGUCUUUUGUGUUUUUUAUCGCGCCCAACAAGCAAGAAGACAAUGCAUAUGUUGAUGUUUUAUCUGACGUGGUGUCUACUGGACUCAGGAAAAUGUUUAGUGUUGUCACGGAAGAAGGACUCAUGAAAGAUGUGAGGGAUUUUGGAAAAGUACAAACAGGAGGAAAAGGAAAAGGAGCACCAGCAACCAAAGCACCUGCGUUUUCUGAAGUAUGUGAACAGGCCAAGGCAGUCCUUGAUCAGGGAGAGACUAUUCUGCCUUCAAUGAUGGCUAAGCUUGUCAAAUUCAAAUUACUUCAAAUAAAACAGAAGGAUUUGGACCGAAGAGAAGAGGAGAGAAAGGCAGCAAAAGCUGCAGAAUCAGCUAAGAAAGAUGACAAAGGAAAGAAAUCUAGGAGCCCUUCAGGUAAAAGUAGGUCCAAGUCACCAGGAAAGAAGAAAGGAAAGAAGGAUGCAGACUUGCCGCCAUCACCAAAGAAGGAUACUAAACUGAAGAAAAGGGGCGAUGUGGAAGACACCUUUAAGGCUAUUGAUGAUGAACCAGAUGAUGAAGGUAGUCCACAGCACUAUGUCUUGAUCCACGGCAUUUGGAUGGCUCCUGUCAUUAAUUACAUGGCAGAAUUAGGCAUCAACAUUGAUGCCAUCAUCUGCAUUAAGUCUGAAACUUAUGACAAAAAGGAAGAAGUAAAAGGAACGGAAGAACAGCAAGCUACUGAGGAACAGGAUCCAGAGGUGUUAGAAAAGGCCAUGAAAGAAGAAGAAGAAAGAGCAAAAAAGUUAGAAAAGGACAAACAACUCCAGACCUUUUGGAUUGAAACUGAUAACAUUGUCCUUAACGCUCAGUCAGGCAACAAGUUGAAAGACAUAGCCAAGUAUGAGGUGAUGGUUAAGGACAAAGAUAUACCCGAGGUUAGCCUUCAAGAACUGGAAGAUGAGAAAAAGGUUGAUUUUGGGACCAUCAUAUUUGAAGAUGUAGCCGUAACAUGCUAUAACAUGUUAGACCAUUAUGUAAUGUAUAAACAGUACCUUGAAUCUAUGAAGCUUGUCCAGGUCCCUGUUCAUUCCUUGGCUGGUGCUGAAGCAACAGCCGUCGCUCCUUUUGUCCCUGAAUUACUAUCAUCUCAAUCAGCUACCGGAGUGCAAGCUCCUGAAACACAGGCUCCUAUUCCAGUAGAGGUAGAUACCCGGUACUACAAGCACCUGAUGGAUACAGUCCCUACUGACAGCCACAGCAUCCCUCUCAUACUGCACUGUCUACUGGAACAGGUAACUGCUACAGUAGAUGAGAGUAAUCCUCUAGAUAAGGAGGUGCCUCCACGUGAUGAUGGCUUGAAUCACUUAUUGGCUGCUCAUAUUGACAGCAAAGCUGGCAAACUUGUCUUGACUGAAAAUGAGAAAAAGACAAUCUUUUCUGGAAAUGCAAAAGAAGAAAAGAAAACUGCAAAUUCCAACGGGCCGAUCAUGCUUCACCAUGGAGACGCAUUGACGUCACAAGCUCAUCACCUCCAGCCACAGAAUGGCCUCAAUCCUCUGCAAGCUCAGCUUCAAAUGCUUCAGUUCUUUCCAAGCAGCGCCUUGAAGGAUUUGCCAGAGCCAAAAGGGCGGGAAAUUGCCGAGCGCGCCGCGCGCGCCAACGAAUUACGUCACUUCCUGAUGUCAAAAUCGGUUAACCCCGCCAUCUUGGAUCAUGUUUUGAAGCAGUACGCGUUCGAGGGGAUGCUUCUAAAGACUGUUACUGAUGAUGGAUUUAUCAUUGAUCCUGUUGAUUUGGAUGAAGCAUUCAGAUCCUACUCUAACCCCUGGGAUUAUCCCUACAACAAGCUUGAGGACUUCAUGAAGGUCAAAUUCUGUAGUGACGAGUCUGGCAAUCUAAAGAUAGCUGAGGUCGAUAGUAAUUCUCCGCUGACUUCAUUUCGUAACCUUGAUGAUUGGUGCUUCGUAGAACAUUUUGACCAAACAACACUCCUGCAGGUAUUUUUAAACUCUGUAUACUAA